AUGGAUUUCCAAUAUACCGAACCUCUCGAAAAGUAUGCUUUGGUUGGCGGAGGACUCGAAGCUGAUAUCUACCAUGUCACUUCAACUGUUGUUGUGAAAGCUAUUCGCACCAACAAAAACCCUCCUGCAACGGCGCAAUGUUACGAUUUCUGCAAGGAAGUUGAGUUUUACAAACGUCUGAAUUCACGCCAGGAUCGAUGCCAAGAAAUUAUCGAAUGUUUUCUUGUGCUCCCAGACCAUAUCUUUCUGUCAUAUUGCACUCACAAGGCAAUGUCGUCUCGUUUUUUCGACCGUCAAGAACGAGUGGAGGCCAAGGAUAACCUCCGAGGGCGUGUUGUAAAAUUGAACGAGUACGAAGAUCCCGCUCUCAUCGCCCGAUGGAUCCAACAACUUGCAUCAGCCCUUGAGUUUAUCGAGAAAAUGGGAUUCUGUCAUAAUGAUCUGCAUGCAAGUAACUGUCUUCUUGACAGUGACUUCAACCUGAAGCUGACUGAUUUCGGUCGCGCUAUUACUAUUGGACAGCUUCUUGAAGGUAUCUUCCCUCCACGCGCUUUACCGAUUUUCGAUGGUCCUUUGCAGGGUUCACGCGGUCUCUGCUCUGCUAGAACUGAGCAAUUUGCCCUUGGAACUCUUCUAUAUUUGAUGGUCUACGGCCAUGAGCCCUACGAAGAUCUUGAACUUAGCAUCGAGGAAUGGGAUCGGUUCGGGAAAGAGUUGGAGUUUCCGAAACUGAAUAGAAACGAAGUCUUUGAUGGUCUUAUUUCGGCUUGUUGGUAUAACGUCUAA